AUGGUCACGGCCUUCCUAGUGGGGAUCUGUCUGGCCCUUGGACAACACAUCCUCUAUACCAGACUCCACCAUCGGAAUGAGGAUGACGAGGAUAAGAAAGUUCGCAUGGUGCUUUACGGCCGAGCUCUCGCCUACUUCUCGAAAGUCGCGUUCGGCGGAUGUGUUAUUCUAUGCUAUCGCCAGCGGAUCUGGAGGACAUUCAGAGAGCGCCCGCUUUCCGUGUGGUCGAUCGACCAAUUGUUUCUCGCCACGGAAGACCCAUCCCUCUUCGUCAAUUGGGAGACGCUCAGCAAGGCGCCAUUGGCUGUUGCGAUGGCAUUGAUCAUUUGGCUCAUCCCGCUCGCAACUAUUAUUUUCUCCCCCGGCGCACUUUCCUUCGGAUGGUAUUUCGAGAUUAGCAGCUCCAACAUCUCGGUCCCUAGCCUAAACUUCUCGGCGGAGUCUUACAAGGACUGGCGCAAACCGGUGAUCAUGGCCGAUGGAACCAAAAAGAAGUCCUUAAUGUUCUACAACACUACCGACGCCCAGGCUGCGUCAGAGGGAUGGUUCGACUACUAUGAUAAGCCCUCGUCGGAUCUCACGCGAAUCUCCCUCAUGACUGCUUAUAGUGGCACGACUAGUUCGUUGAACAGACCGGAUGCGAGAUUUGAGUCCUGUGGUGGCAACUACAACUGUACCUUUUCAACUACUUUUAUCGGUCCUGGCUAUAAAUGCGAGGAGAUGGCUAGCGGCAUUGGCGACAGCGGAAGGCUUGUCGAAUUCGGGGCACCAUUCAACACGAGCAUGCUCGUCCCAGAAGGGCGAAACGUAUAUUAUGCGGACAUCGACAUUGGAGAGUACGCACGACCACAGUCCGAUAAUCUAUCGAGCCAGGGCGGGGUACCGCUGGGGCCUAUUCCAGAAGAGCUCGGCGUCUUCAAAGUGGAACCCCUGCUUUGGAUAGGCUACUCCAUCAAUUCUUCGGAGCGAUUACCAGAUAAUUCGCCCUACGCGGUCAACUGGACGCACAGAUACGAUCCCCGCAUUUUCCGUUGUGUUCACUACGAGACGAGGUAUACUGUGAAGUGGAACUAUACAGAGCCUUUCUUCGCCACUGAAGUAUCCCACGAUUUCGUCGCACCCGUCAUCGACACGAACUUCACCCGCAACGCCGACGGUACGGUCAAUUUCGACGAUCCUGGACCAGCGGAAAACUUUAUCAGUCCUCGCACCGACGUACUUUUGUACAAGAAGAUAUCGGCGUAUCAUGCCAUGGGACAGUCGCUGAGGAACUUUUUGCGCGGAAAGCUCGAACUCGAAGCUCCCAUUCCUGGUCCUUCUUAUGCACGCGUAUACUCCGACAUCACCCAGACACGCUUGGUCAGUAAUGUGAGUAGUACGCCGCUCGACAAUCUCCCGGACCUUAUCCAGGCUUUCUACGCAGAUAUGGUACUCUCACUCUUCUCGGCACCGCAAAUGCUCGUCGUCUCAGAACAAUGGGCAGAAGUAAACAGGACGCGAUAUCAGUCAACCUUCAUCUACCAUCCAGAGAAACUUUGGGGCUGUUAUGCACCUGUCAUUUUCCUUACGUUUAUCAUAUUGCUCCUCGGGGCCUGGACAAUCUGGCAAGACGGCACAACCUGGUCGGUUGGAUUCUCGCGCAUCAUGGUUACUACUCGGAAUUCGACAUUGGAUGAUAUCAGCCGCGGAGCCUGUCUAGGCAAUGACCCUUUCCCGUUGGAGCUCAUGCACACACGGCUGCAGUUCGGUGUGCUGAACGAGUUCAGCGAGAUCGAGUAUAUGGCUAUGGAGGGCCUGCAGGGCGUGGGUCACUGUGCUUUCGGUGUUCCCUCAGAGCUGUCACCUAUUCGGAAAGGUGUGCCGUACGCCGGGCUCAAACGCAGGUCCGAAAGGAGAGCGGCAUUCAAAGAGAAGGUGGAUUAA